AUGUCUUCCGCAGUAGCAGAACUGGAUAAUUACCUCCAGUCUAUGCUGGCCCUUAAAGCUCCAGGUGUUUCGGGCUCUAAAAUCAACAGUAUCACGUCACUCUGCACAGCCAACGUUCAGAACGAAUCCGUCCUCAUCCAGAAAAUCUAUACACAUUUCAAGAAGGCACCAGGAACACACAAGUUGGGCGUACUCUAUGUCGUAGACUCUGUAACUCGACAGUGGGUAGAUGCAGCGCGCAAGGCAGGCCAACCAUCCGGUAGUGCUGCGCCUGACGGGACCUUUGCCGCUGGUGUUAACAGAGUGACCGAACUGUUACCCGUCUUGAUGACUGAUAUCAUAAACAAUGCUCCCGAAGAUCAAAAGGAAAAAAUCAAGAAGCUGGUCGACAUUUGGGAACGUGGAUACACUUUCCCCGCGCCCAUGCUUGCGUCUUUCAAGGAAAAACUAAACGCGCCCCCAUCUCACAAUAUUGAGUCAACCACUCCGGAAGGCUCUCCAGCGCCCAACCAUGUGCCGCUUGGGGGCCUGCAGCAGCAAUUGCCAACUAAUGGUGCGGCAGCGGCAGCGCCUACUCAAGCAACACCGGACACUUCCAGUAUAUUGAAAGCCUUAGCGGAUAUGGCUAAGCAGAACACCGCUGCUCCCGCAGCCCCUGCCAUGGCCGCUCAGACUAAUCCUCUUAGUGCAUUAGGUCAGCAGAGUACAGUUUCGCAGCCCGUGUCAUCAUCCGUAGACCAGGCUUCACAAUCCCAGAGUGGGCAAGCUGGCGUAAACCCAUAUGGAGCUAUGACCGCGCCGUUCGCGGCUUUGAGUAAUGUGGCUCAGAAUCCUGCCCUGGUUCAGCCACAGAGCCAGAGUCAUACUCCAAACCCAUUAACUGCUGCACAAAACCCACUUGCUGCGUUGCUGCCACAGGCAACCGCAGCCCCAGCACAGCCUCCCAGUCUAGCGCCCGAUGCUCUACAGCAACAGCUCCAGCUUUUGCAGCUGCUGGCUGCGCAGGGGAUCCCGCAGGACCAGUGGGCGACUGCCCUUCAAAUUCUUAGUCUCUCCGGUGCCGGUGCCGGUGGCAUGCCCAAUGUUAAUGCCGGCCAGACCCCCGGAUUUAAUCUCCCGGGUCAGAAUGUGAACGCCUGGGGCGCCCAUCCAGACUCGCAGUCACGUGAUUUUGACCGGGACCGCGAGCGGGAUCGCGAGUUUAUGCGUUCGCCCCCCGGCGGAUAUCGUCGUCGCUCUCGAUCUCCUGGCUGGGACAGACGUCGUGAGGCAUCUCCCCCCCGCCGUCGGGAUAGUCCUGUCUAUGGAGAGUAUCAUGGCGAUUCGCCCGGUCGCAGAGGCGCAGAUCCUCGUGGUCGACGAGGCAACGAGUAUCGCCAGCGUAGUCCUCCCGGACGUCGACGCCGUUCUCCGUCUCCCCGCAAGGACCCAGCCCUCCCCCCACCAGGGCCCAAGUUUCUUGAAUGGGAUUAUUCUAUCGGGCAAGGUAAUAUCAAGGUCUUGAGUCGAACUCUGUUCGUCGGUGGUGUAACGGCACCAGAGGCUCAUCUGCGCUCACUGUUCGCCAAAUUUGGUGUUGUGCAGACAUGCAUUGUCAACAUUGACAAACGACACGCUUUUAUCAAGAUGAUCAGCCGACAGGAUGCGAUCAACGCUCGUGAAGGAAUGGAAUCGUACAAGGCUGGGGAUAUGCAGCUCAGGACUCGUUGGGGAGUUGGUUUCGGACCCCGUGACUGCAGUGAUUAUCAGACUGGUGUCAGCAUUAUCCCUAUCGAGAGGUUGACAGAGGCGGACCGAAAGUGGAUGCUUACUGCCGAAUACGGUGGUACUGGAGGAAGGUCCAUUGAAUCCGGCAUGGUUGUUGAGGAGCCAGAUAUCGAAAUUGGCGCUGGAGUUUCAUCCAAAGCAAUUAGCAGACGCAUUGCAACCGAUACUGGCGGCAAACGCGGCCCAAUUUCCUCUCGCGCACAGCAGGACCGUCCUCGCCGCCCAGAGCGUGAAGGGCCUCCAAUGGGCAUGGGUGUGGGGGGUCAACCUGACCGUGACGCGUCCAACAUGAACAACGUUGGCGUCCCACCGGCAGUUCCUGGCUUUGGCUUCUCCUUCCCGGGUAUGCCCAUGUUCCCUCCUGGCUUCAUGAUGGGAGGAGCACAAGCUGGGGCAUCAGGCAGCACUACACAGCCACCACCGCCUGGCCAAGGAGGUAACUAA